UUUCACUUCUCUUCUUCUUAUUAUAAUCUCUUUGUCCUCUUCGCCAAAUCUCUUCAACAAAAUAUCAAAAACUAAAUAGAGAGAAGAAUAAUGGCGAGAGGGAAGAUCCAGAUCAAGAGGAUAGAGAACCAGACCAACCGACAAGUGACGUAUUCAAAGAGAAGAAAUGGUUUGUUCAAGAAAGCUCACGAGCUCACGGUCUUGUGUGACGCUAGGGUUUCGAUUAUCAUGUUCUCUAGCUCCAACAAGCUUCAUGAGUUUAUCAGCCCUAACACCACAACGAAGGAGAUCUUAGAUCUGUACCAAACAGUUUCUGAUGUUGAUGUUUGGAGCGCUCACUAUGAGAGAAUGCAAGAAACCAAGAGGAAACUGCUGGAGACAAAUAGAAAUCUUCGGACUCAGAUUAAACAGAGGCUAGGCGAGUGUUUGGACGAGUUUGAUAUUCAGGAGCUGCGUAGUCUUGAGGAAGAAAUGGAAAACACUUUCAAACUCGUUCGCGAGCGCAAGUUUAAAUCGCUUGGGAAUCAAAUCGAGACCACCAAGAAAAAGAACAAGAGCCAGCAAGACAUACAAAAGAAUCUCAUACAUGAGCUGGAACUAAGAGCAGAAGAUCCUCAUUAUGGACUAGUAGACAAUGGAGGAGACUACGAUUCCGUUCUUGGAUAUCAACUUCGUUUCCAUCAGAACCAUCACCACCAUUAUCCCAACCAUGCCCUUCAUGAAGCAUCUGCCUCUGACAUCAUUACCUUCCACCUUCUCGAAUAAUUAAGGGUUUGAAGGUUGCUGGUGAUGUCAUUAUCUAUCUAUUUAAUAAAAUAAAUACUUAAAAGCGUAAGGCUGGUCCUACUGAAACCUUAAAAAUGGUCAUGUUUCUUAAUUAUGUAUUUUCUGAAACCUUAAGAAUUAUGGAUUGUGUGAUCAGUAGCUUGCUGCUUUAACUUCUUGUGGAUUGAACAUUCAACACUAUGUAUGAUAUUAUAUUGACGAUUUCCUACCUAUGCUUCGUUACUACCGUUAUAAUCCAUAUAUCAUCACAAGAGCAAACACCGAAAAAAUCUAGCCUAUGAAACCCUUCUCUUUGUCUAAGAUUCAUUUGAAACAUUCUCCCUAUAUGCAUGCUUGAGAUUUAGCCUCCUUUCUGUAUUGCUUGCAUACCCAAAACUCAAGGGCAAUUAUUUUAUGGAGACACAUCCAGACAUCCUCCAACUAUAAUCUGAAGCCUUUUAUGAUUCUCCAACUUGUAUUAUAAUUUGUAUAUUUUAAAAAUGAGACCACUCUAUGAAAGGCCUUAAUGAUACAAUUUUGUGGUUUGGCUGUGCAAUCUUUGAACUUCUACCUCUAUUUAUGGUUCAUAUACUUUUUAAGUUUUUGCCUCGUCUAAACUUAAAAACCAAUAACAUAAUUAAGUAUUGGUAGCUUAAUGGUAACAGCAGGGGCACGGUGUUUGUUCCGAAAUUGAUUUUGCUAGCAAAGUUAUUACUCCCUCUAAGACCACCCGCAACGCGGGUACGUAAGAGAAACUUAGCGCGAAGACCUAUGUAAAUCCGAGUAUUAUAAUAGUUUAAUUUUUUCUUUAAAGGGUCCGUAAACAAGGAGUUUAAGGACUUAAUCCUUACGUGCGUGGCAACACCUGAUAGGCGAGGGGAUGGGGUUGCUUUCGCGUGUGGGAAAAAACCGAGUCACUUUCUUCCUUCUUCUCGAAAAAAAAAACUCUCGCGAUAUCGAAGGCGAUUCGGCGACAGGAGAAAGCUUAAGGUAAAUCGGAGCUUUCACGUCAAUAUUUGUGCAUUUGGAGUUGUUGCAUGUUGAUUUCAUCUGGUUUUAGGGUUCUAUUGAGGGGUUUGAAUCGAUUUACGGUUUCAAAUCGAUUUGGAGAUUUUAAUCGAAUUAGGAUUUUCAUCUGGGUUUGUUAUUUUCUUCAUCUCGAUUCCCUUCUUUGUUGUUUUGGUCGUUAUUAAGGUUCAGAUUGAGUUAUAAAUCGUUAUAGGGUUCAGGAUUGAGUUCUAAAUCGAUUUAGGGUUCGGGUAUAGAGUUCUAAAUUGAUUAGUUUUUGUUCUUGCAGGUGUUGAAAUGGAGGAAGAAUUAAGAGAUAUGAAAGCACACAAAGAUUACUACAACAUGCUUCAUUACGUUGCAGAUGCGCAACAGGGUAUUCCUCAACUCUACCCUUGUGGAUCAAUCACGAAGGAAGUCGUUGAUGAAGAGGACACAUAUGACUACCUCCCUGGGAAAAGAUACUUCAUAUGCAAAGACUUCGAGGUAUAUAGUGUUCUCUGUUAUUCACAUUAUUCUUCUUCGAAAUGAAUUAGCAGUUUCACAAUGGUUAUUAUGUUUUGGCAGAAUGACGGGUUGCAUUUCAGGCAACCAUGGGUUAUGGGAAUGCAACAAGAGGUUGAGAGGCUCAAAAAAUAAUUCUACGAGCAGGAGAAGCUUCUAAGAAAGUGUCAGGCGCUUAAGGUGAGUUCAAUCUAAAUUGUAACAUGAAAUUGAUAGUUGUUUGUACAACCUUUCUAACAUAAUGAUUGGUUUGUGUGAUAUAUGUUCAGGAGCAGGUGAGGAUGUUGCAUAUGCGUGUGACUGGACUUGAGAGAGGCCAUUCGGAGGUUAGUGUCUAAACUUACUUGUAGUUUUAGAAACCAUCAUUUAAACUUAAGUGUGUAGUUUAAGAAAAUAACACUAAAUCUCUUCCUUGUUUGAACUUUAAAACUUUCUAGUUCAAACGUAAGUUUGUAGUUUGAGAACAAUAACUUCUGUUCUUUGAACUAGUUAAGUUUCUGGUGUGAAUUUGAAAGUGAAAUGAUAGGUUUUAAAUGCGAAGUAAACCACUUGUCCUUUGAAUGCGAAGUUAAGCAUUAAAUUGUGCCUAACUGCUUAUUUGCGGGGAAAAGCUUCAUUAAUUUUUUUGUAACUGUUAUCAUAGGAUUGUUUCCUACUAGGAUUCAAUAGAUUUGCGUAAAUAAUCCCUUAUAUAGUCGCCUCCCUUAGCUCGUUUAGUAAACCAUAGUCUUCUUCCUAAAUGGCAAACUCCACAAGUUUUGUUAACCUUUUAGCUAGUCAAGGGGUAGUUGACCUUGACUCACCCGAACCUCCCUUUAGCAGCCAAUUUUCCGAUGAGUCUAGGGUAAAAGAGAGGAGAAAAUGGUCAUCGAAGGGGGAUAUAAUCCUCAUUGGUGCUUGGCUCAACACCAGCAAAGACCCAAUAGUCGGUAAUGAACAGAAAGCUGGUCACUUCUGGAAGAGGAUUGUAGAGUAUUACAACUCCAGUCCUCUACUGGUUGGGACAAUCCCAAGAGAACUCGGGCAAUGCAAGCAAAGAUGGGCUAGGAUCAAUGACUUGGUGUGUAAGUUUUCAUGCUGCUACGAGAUGGCACUGAGGGAGCAGAGAAGCGGGCAAAAUGACGACGAUGUGAUGAAGGCUGCCUUGGAUAUCUUCUACAAUGACAAGGGCAUUAAGUUUAACUUGGAACAUGUGUGGAGGGAGCUUAGGAAUGAUGUGAAAUGGUCCUCCACCUAUCUCGAGAAGGACAGUGGUAAGGACAAGCGCAAAUUUGUUGAUUCUGAUGCUCAAUGGUCAGUGACAGAGCCACAAGAGAGACCCAUGGGAGUUAAGGCAGCUAAGGCUACUGGCAAGAGGAAGAAACUUGGAAAAGAAGAAGAACUAGGACAACUUAAAGAAAUGAUGGAGACCAAAAAGCAAAUCUCAAAUCAGAGUUUGCUUGCAAGUUUGGUUGCAAAGACCGAGCCACUCUCUGAUAUGGAAGAAGCUCUGAAAAUGAAAUUACUGUCUGAGAUGUUGUGAUUAUUGAUGGUUGGUUAACGCUAGUUUAGUGAUGUUUUUUUUAUCUUUUUUACUAUGCUUGCAAGUUUGGUGAUAAUUGUCUGAGAUGAACUCUGCUUGCAUCUUUGCUUACACAUCUCUUUUUUCUCUGUUUCAGGUCAAGUACAAGCCCAUGUGAGUACUGAAGACAAGUACGCUGCUAUAUAAGUCACGGGUUCUCUGUUGCCUUUCUGCUUUGUUUGUUUAUGCUAGUGUUUUCAUGUGAACCAAGUCACGGGUUCUCUGUUGCCCUUUCUUGGCUUUAUAACUAUGUUUGUUCUCUCGGCUUUGUAACUCAUUUGCUUCUUCUUCUACUACUUUCAAACUUGUAUCUCUUGAACGUGUAACUCAUCUGCUUCUUCUUCAAUGACUUUGUAACUCUACUGCUUCUUCUACUACUUGUACUGCUUUGUAACUCUAGUGUAAGCUCUCUGUUUCUUACUAUUGUUUUAGCCAAUGUUCCAAAGUCUUUGUUUAGCUACUUGUAGUAUGAUCAAGCACGAUUUUCUUCUAUUUUUGAACUUUGGAUCGAGUUUUCGAACAAGCACGGUUUUUCUUCUGUUUUCGAACUUGUCCUUCGAUUUUCGUUUUUGAUUUAAGCACAACUUUGUAUCGAGUUUCGUUUUCCUCAUCGAUCAAACGGUUUUGUCGUCCAAUUUUUUGAUUAAAAAAAACGAUCAAAAAACGAGUUAAAAAAAAUGAUAAUCUUGGGAGAUGGAGGUUUUAUUUGUUAUAGUUCUUACAAUUUUUCCUUUAUAAAUCAAUUUUGAAGGUAUUAUAGCCAAAUAUGGGAGAUGAAUUCGAUCAAAGAUUCGAAGCGUCUUUCGAUGAAUGUUUUGAAGAUACAUACAACAGCAUCGUGGAGGAUCGAGCAAAUAAACACAAGAAACGUGCAUAUAUCGAACGAAACCGCGAAGCAGGCCACAUCCGUCUAUGGAAUGACUACUUCAGUGAAGAUCCGACAUAUCCGGCUCAUAUAUUCAGACGCCGUUCCGCAUGAACAACGCAGUUUUCAUGCGUAUUGUCGAUCGCCUCUCAGAAAAUGUUCUAUUUUUUCAACAAAGAAAAGAUGCAGUCGGAAGGUUAGGUCUAUCUCCAAUACAAAAGUGUACGGCAGCUAUUCGUAUGCUUGCUUAUGGGAGCGCAGCUGACGCCGCUGACGAAUAUCUCCGACUUGGUGAAAGCACAACACUUUCGUGUUUAACUAAUGUCACAGAAAGCGUAAUACAUUUAUUUGGAGAUGAGUAUCUACGAAGACCAACUCCAAAGGAUCUUCAACGACUACUCGAUAUUGGAGAGAUAUGUGGCUUUCCUGGAAUGAUAGGAAGCAUCGACUGUAUGCAUUGGGAGUGGAAAAAUUGUCCAACCGCUUGGAAGGGACAGUACACACGUGGAUCAGAAAAGCCGACAAUUGUCUUGGAGGCGGUUGCUUCAUAAGAUCUUUGGAUAUGGCACGCCUUUUUUGGUCAUCCAGGUACCUUAAACGAUAUUAACGUCCUCGAUCGGUCACCUGUUUUUGAUGACAUUUUACAAGGUCGAGCUCCAAGGGUCCAGUACGUAGUCAACGGACACCAGUAUGAUAUGGCGUACUACCUCACGGACGGUAUAUAUCCAAAAUGGUCAACAUUUAUCCAAUCUAUCUCACUCCCUCAAGGUCCUAAAGCAGAGUUAUUUGCUAAAAUUCAAGAAUCAACCCGAAAAGAUGUGGAGCGUGCUUUUGGAGUAUUGCAAGCUCGAUUUGCAAUAGUGAAAAACCCAGCUAUUUUGUGGGACAAGAGACAAAUAGGGAUGGUUAUGCGAACAUGUAUGAUACUGCACAAUAUGAUAAUAGAAAAUGAACGCAAUGGAUACACUCAGUAUGAUACAUCUGAGGUUGAAGAAGGAACCUCGACCAGAAGUUCAUAAUUUUUAAAUUUCUAAAAAGAAAAAUUAAUAAAAAAUUCUAAAGACUUCAUACAUGGGACAUACAAUUAGGAUCAGAGUCCUUAACAAUUACUGUUUUUUGUGGGCAAGUAUAUUACUGUUUGUUUGAUCUACACCCAAAAAAUGGGAAUGGUAUAACAUGCAAUUCAGUUUAAAACCGAAAAUCUAUAAUAUCAAAACCGAAACGAGCAAUAAUAAAUACUUUUUAAACCAACAAAUAACCAAGAACCGAGAAUCAGCAUCAAGUAAAUGUCAUAUCGAGAAGAGAGCACAUCAUCUCUUUGCUUUCAUCUCUUUGCCUUUGUCUCUAUACUUUCCUCCCGGAGCUCCGAUCUUUAAAUUGCGUCGUUGUUUUUGUACAAUCGGAGGAUCCUCGGAGAUAAUCAAUACCAUCAGUAACCUAGUCUCUCCGAUUUAGCGAUUUAAUAUUCAUCAUUUUGUUGUGUUGUGAUUACAUAUAUGUUAACGUAUCAAUUUGGUAUCGCAAUCCAGAUCUAGUCGGUUGACUUCUUCUCUAGAGAAAUGAGUCAGCAGAAGGGUUUGAUUUACAGCUUCGUUGCCAAAGGAACCGUCGUUUUAGCGGAGCAUACUCCUUACUCAGGAAACUUUAGCACCAUUGCUGUUCAGUGUCUGCAAAAGCUCCCCAAAAAUAGCAGCAAAGUAUACUUACUCUUGCGAUGCCCACACCUUCAAUUUCCUUGUCGAAAACAAUGGUUUCGGUGAGAGAUUUGUUAUUAGAGUGUUUGAUUGUGUGUAUAUGUAUGUAGUGUUUCUUGUGGUUGCUGAUGAGUCCACUGGAAGAAGUGUGUUCCUUUUGUUUUCCUUGAGCGGGUUAAGGAAGAUUUCAAGAAGCGGUAUGAGGCGAGUAUAAAGAAUGAUGCUGAUGAUGAUGAAGACGAUGAUUUCUUUGCGGAUCGGUUUAGCAUUGCGUACAAUCUUGACAGGGAGUUUGGGUCUGUCUCUAACCAUGUUCUUAGUUUUUUCUGCCCUCUUACAGGCCUCUACUUAAGGAGCAUAUGCAGUUUUGUAUGAGCCAUCCUGAAGAGAUGAGCAAACUUUCCAAGUUGAAGGCUCAUAUUAAUGAUGUCAAGGGGAUCAUGAUGGACAACAUUGACAAGGUUCUGGACAGAGGAGAGAGGAUUGAGCUUCUGGUAGACAAAACCGAGAACCUCCAGUUCCAGGCGGAUAGCUUCCAGAGACAAGGGAGACAGCUAAGAAGGAAGAUGUGGAUACAGAGCCUGCAAAUGAAGCUGAUGGUGGGAGGUGCUGUUUUGUCCUUUAUUCUCAUCGUUUGGGUUGUUGCUUGUGGUGGUUUUAAAUGCUCGUCAUGAUGUUUUGCUCUCGUUUGUUUCUGUUUGAUCGUCACCACCUUGUUUUCACACGUAAAACGCAUGCUCACGUUUGUACAUGUUGGAACUUAUCAUCAUCAUCAUCGUCAUCAUCAUCA